CCCAUAAGGCCCUCCUGCUCACCCAGGACCUGUCUGAUCACAAGGCCUCUGCCUGUGGCCGCCAGCAGGGAAGCCACUGCCCUCUCACCACAGCUCCCGGUCACCAACCCAAACACCAGACCCCUUGGGAAGACCAGCCACCAGGCCUCACAGGACUCCAGGGAUCAUCUCGGCAGUGUCACCAUGUCCCGGCCCAGCAGCAAAGCCAUUUACAUGCACCGGAAGGAGUACUCGCACAGCCUCACCUCAGAGCCCACCCAACUGCAGCACAGGGUGGAGCACCUGAUGACAUGUAAGCUAGGCACUCAGAGAGUCCGGGAGCCCAGGGACGCCAUGCAGAAGCUACAGGAAAUGGACGCUCAGGGCCGGGUGUGGAGCCAGGACUUGCUCCUACAGGUCAAAGAUGGCUGGCUCCAGCUACUGGACAUCGAGACCAAGGAGGAGCUGGACUCUUACCGCCUGGACAGCAUCCAGGCCAUGGACGUGGCACUUAACUCCUGCUCCUACAACUCCAUCCUGUCCAUCACCGUGCAGGAGUCGGGCAUGGCAGGCAACAGCACCCUGCUUUUCCAGUGCCACGAAGUGGGGGCAGAGAGACUGAGAACCAGCCUACAGAAGACCCUGGAGGAGGAACUAGAGCACAGCCGAUCCCGAUUUGGAGCCCUUCACCAAGGCCAGGACAGAUGGAGGGGUCCUCCUCUAGAAAGACCUAAGGAGCAGGCACCCCUCUUGGAGCAGGGUCCCCCUCCAGAACAGCCGCGCUGGAUGGCACCAGAGCGCAACGUACCACCUUCCCCGAGGAACCUGUCACGUCACUCCAGCAUCCGAGAACCAAGUGCCUUCCGUCCCCCUCCUCCAAGGCGGCCGCCAUCUCCUGAGGACCCACUGAGGGAUGAGGAGGUGCUGAACCAUGUCCUAAGCGACAUUGCGUUAUUCGUGGGACAGCUGAAGGAAGCCGAGGCAAACACCCAUCGUAAGAAGAAGAAACUGGGGAAGAAAAAGGACAAGGGUCAGAGAGGGGUGACCCAGGCGCAGUACAUAGAUUGCUUCCAGAAGAUCAAGUGCAGCUUCAACUUUCUGGGGAAGUUGUCCAUGCAGCUGCAGGAGACGAGUGCCCCUCAGUUCGUGCACCUCCUCUUCGAAAAGCUGGCCUCCAUCCUGUCCCAGUGCCCUUACCAGGGCCUAGCAGCCCAAGUGAUCUCACCUCUCCUCACCCCCAAAGCCAUCGACCUGCUGCAGUCCUGUCUAAGCCCUCCUGAGAGUAACCUCUGGAAGGAGCUGGGUGUGGCCUGGACCACCAGUCGGGAUGACUGGCCAGGCAGUGAGCCUCCGCCCUACCAACCCACGUUCUACGAUGGUUGGCAGCCUCCAGAACCUUCCAACCAGGCACACGCAGGAUACCAGGACUCUACUCCCCUCCAUUCUAGGUCAGGGAGCAUCUCACACUUGGCUCAAGAGGAGACACACAACCAUGGCCCUCGUCCUGGGGACCCCAACCCUGUGCCCCUCAGCCCCAGACCUGUCAAGCCAGCCCUGAGAAUGCAAGUUCUGUAUGAGUUUGAAGCCAGGAACCCACAGGAACUGACGGUGAUCCAGGGAGAGGUGCUGGAGGUUCUGGACCACAGCAAGCGGUGGUGGCUGGUGAAGAAUGAGACAGGACAAAGCGGCUACAUUCCCAGCAACAUCCUGGAGCCCCUCCAGUCGGGGCCCCCCGGGAACCAGCGAGAGUCACCCCCUCGGGCUCCAAUGCUUCGACUUAGCUCCAGGCCUGAGGAGGUUAGAGCCUGGCUGCAAGCAGAGAACUUCUCCACUUUCACCGUGAAGACUCUCGGUUCCCUGAUGGGGACCCAGCUGCUUCAUAUGAAACCCAGGGAGCUACAGAUGUUGUGUCCACAGGAGGCCCCACGGGUCCUGGCACGGCUGGAGGCAGUCAGAAGGACGCUGGGGAUGAGCCCUUAGGCAUGAAGAUACCUCCAAGACCAACGCCUUCUCACAAGCAAGAUAGAGGAUCUGAUACUCUUUAGAGUCCCGAGAAUUCCUCUUUCAGUUCCCCAGUUUGCAACAAGCCUCACACCCAGCUCACAGCAAAGAGGACGAGGAAGUCCAGAGAUUGGAGCAAAUGGUGCUCUUGCUGUGUUGGGAUCCCUCCCCAGUUACCUCCUAUUUAUUGUCUCUCUCCUAAGCCUGAGCACUUACGCUUACAUUUGUCAGGACUCUGUUUAGUCCCUUCCCUCCCCAAUAAAAGCAUCUUUAAGUUAUGUGCCUCUCU